AAAGAAAUAAGCAGAAAGCUUUUCGACUUCAAACUUAAUUUUCGGUUGUUUUCAAUGGCUGGAAGGGAGUUUUCAGAUGAACCAGUUUUUAAGCUGAAACUUCUUGUUGACAAGGAGAAAAACAAGGUUGUCUUGGCUGAGGUUUGUAAGGAUUUUGUUGAUGUACUCUUUAGUUUUUUGAUAUUGCCGAUGGGUACCAUUGUCAGAUUGCUGCAGAAAUAUCAGCAGAAUCAAAAGUCAUCUCAACCUGCAACAAUAGGUUGUUUCAACAAUCUCUACAAGAGUGUUGCUGACAUGAGCACUGAGGAUUUCUUAACCGAGCCUUGUAGGCAUAUACUUUUGAAUCCGAUUAAUGCGAAAGAGCGGGAAUGCAAACGACUUAAAGUUAACAUAGAUGACACCCCGGCCGCAAAGUACUAUAGGUGCCCGAAUUUGGAAGCUUCUGAUUCAUGCUAUAGGGCAUAUAGUAACUUCUGCUCCUUAAAAUGCACAUGUGGCAAGUUUAUGGAAAAGGAGAUAAACACAAAGGACGAUGAUCCUAAAGAAAUAUUUGUCAGCGGGAGGAAGUCUUUCAUCAUUUUAGACAAUAUGGAAGUGGGGUUUUGUUCCAUUGCCCUCACCUUGAAGGCACUUAGAGGACUCGGUUAUACAGAUCUUAAUAAGCUGGAUGAGAUGCUUGUAGAGGUUGGUCACAAAGAGGUACUAGCUUUGCUGGAAUGCUUAUUCUCUUCGGAUACUCCCUUGACGGAUGUGUUCUUGAUGAAACGGAGCUCAUGUAUCAUUACAAGGACACAUAACAUGCCAAACCUAGCCGUGCCAGCUUGUGGUAAAACAAAACCAGAUGAGGUACUAUCAGUCACUGUUUUUGUUAGGAAGCAGGACAAGAAGGUUCUUUAUGCCGAAAGCGGGCAAGAGUUUGUGGAUUUACUACUCAUGUUCCUGGCUGUCCCUUUGGAGUCAUUAUGGAAACUAUCCGGAGCCAAUAUUAAACUGGGAUGCAUUGACACCUUUUAUAAAAGCAUGAAGAGUUUGAGCUCUAGCGAAGGCACAAGUGUAUUGACUUGCAGAUCUAUGCUUCCUAUUAACUAUAGUUUCCAGGCACCGCUGCUUGAUGUCUGUUGGAAAGAUCCUGUUGUGUGGACAGUGUCAGUAAACUUCAGGAGCUAUGCUUUGAAACUGAUGUAUCCAAACUAUGAUGGAAGUACGGAAUCAACAGUUCAUGGUAGCAGUGGGCUUGUAAGGAGAGGGACAACGUACAUGAUUUCAGAUGAUCUUACCAUCUCUCCUACUAACUCGUGUUCAACUAUUUGCAUACUGAAGAAGUUGAAUGUGGGCUUGGAUGAGAUUGAGGAGCAUGUAAUCAACAUUAGCAAAACAGAGGCCAUCGGUUUACUCAGAGCUUCACUGAUGACAUCAACUGCAUUGACCACGGCUUUAGGCAGCUUACUCCUAAAGAAGCAAAUAGAUGAGAAACUCUAAGUUAUACUCUCUCUGUUUCAAAAUGUUAUAUGUUUUGGUUUUUUUCACACAAAUUAAUAAAAAUAUUAAAUUUAAUUAUUAAAUACAUAAUU